AUAAAACAUGGAGAAGUAAGAUAUCCAUGUUUACAAUGCAUGUAUGCUGCAACUACAGCAGGUUAUCUAAAGAAACAUGUUGAAAUAAAACAUGAAGGAGUAAGAUAUCCCUGCGAUCGAUGUGAUCACGUUGCCACUAGAGCAGGUAAUCUGAAGAAUUUUUUUAAAUCUAAACAUGAAGAAGUAACAUAUCCUUGUUCUCAUUGUGAAUACGCUGCCACUCAAGCAGGUGAUUUGAAGAAACACAUUAAAUCUAAACAUGAAGGAGUGAGAUAUCCCUGCGUUCAAUGUGAUCACGUUGUCACUAGAGCAGGUGAUCUGAAGACCCAUAUUGAAUCUAAACAUGAAGGAGUUAGAUAUCCAUGUUCUCAUUGUGAAUACGCUGCCACUCAAGCAGGUGAUUUGAAGAAACACAUUAAAUCUAAACAUGAAGGAGUGAGAUAUCCCUGCGAUCAGUGUGAUUAUCUUGCUACUAAACCAUAUAAUCUCAAAAGACACAUUGUAAGUAGACAUUGUGAAUACGCUGCAACUCAAGCAGGUGAUUUGAAGAUACAUAUUGAAAAUAAACAUAAAGGAGUGAGAUAUCCAUGCAACCAAUGCGAUCACACUGCAACUACAGCACAAUGUCUGAAGAGACAUAUUGAAUCUAAACACAAAGGAGUAAGAUAUCCAUGCGACCAAUGUGAUCACACUGCAACGACAGCAGGUAUUCUGAAGAUACAUAUUGAAAAUAAACAUGAAGGAGUGAGAUAUCCCUGUAAAGAAUGUAAAUACAUUGCCACCCAAUCUAAUCAUUUAAAAACACAUCAAAAAAAGAAACAUUAAAUAAAAAAGGCUUUGCACUGUAAACUUCAUAUUAUCACUUCUCUUCUAUCAAAUAAUUCUCUUAAUGUAGAAUUUAAUAUAUUAAUCUUUGUUCUAAUUGUAUAUUUUCUAUAUCAAAACCCAACUGUGUUCCCCCGCUGCUCCCCUCAUCAUAAAUCUUAAAUAAUAUUUUUAUCAUUUUUUCCUUUUUGCAUUUUAUUCCCUGACAAAAUACAACUUUGAACAAAAUAGAAAUUAUGAACAUAUUUUUUAAUUUUAAGAAAUAACAAUUAUCAUUCUAAACUUUUAUGAAAGGAUAUUUGUCUCAUAAUAUAUAAACUUUAGUAAAUAUGUUUUUUUAAUAUUUGACCAAACUGUGUACAACAAUUUUGUUUUCAUUGGAUAUGCAAUCUACAUUUUUUUUUAGAUAGAAUAGAAAAAACUUAAAACAAAGAGUUAAAUAUAUUAGAGCAGAGUAAAUCUUUCCAUCCUCUACUGUAGCACUUUCUAGUUAGACAUUUUUUCAAGAGGACUAAUUUUUUUUGAACAUUUUAGUGCCAAUUAACGUUAACCAUAAUGAACUUUU